AUUUUGAUUUGAGCCAGGUGUCAUGUUGAUGUUGAUUCGGGUCUGUGUAGUACAUUACAUAGUGACAUAACCUCAAAAAUAUUUUUAAAUUUACUAAUUAAAUUUGGAAAGCCAAGCUCGUAGGCUAGGUCCAGGUCUAGGUACCACAGAAUACUAUUUCUCUUUAGGUACUUUGUACUACCAAAAACAUUUUUACAGUUGGUUACUACGAGUUGUCUAUUCGCGAUCAAUCACUAUUUUUGAAAACAUUAAAAUUUUGUGGUGUUAUUAAUAUUUCUCAAAUUGAAAAGGUGUACAAAAUAAUAGAUUUUUGAACACGUAAUUAAUAAAGGUUCCCUUUCAUCACAAUCAGUCAACCACAAAAGGAUUAACAACCUGAAAAAGAAAAGAUGAAAGAUCGCCAAGAAGAAACACCACCAUCUUCAGUCGAUGGGGAUGAAAUAAUGCGUGGUCCCGAUGACGUCGUAUACUUAGAAGAGCUACAAUUUGACGACGAUGAAAUGCUUGAAGAUCAAGAAGAAGAAUUUGCCGAUUGGGAAAGGCCUCAAGACUUUUCAGUGGUCGCGUUCACAGAGCAUACAGGAUCAGUCUUUUGUUGCGACUUACAUUUAAAUGGAAAGAUUGCGGCCACUGGCGGGGAAGACGAUAAAGCUUAUGUGUGGUGUGUAGAGUCUGGCCAAACUAUAAUGGAAUGCAAUGGUCAUAAAGAUUCUGUUAUUUUUGCUGGUUUUAGUUUUGAUGGGGCUUAUCUGGCUACCGUUGACAUGUCUGGUCUUAUUAAGGUUUGGAAAUGCCAAUCCGAAGAAAGUCAACAAGACCCAUGGCCAGUAGUAUUUGAGUAUGAAGCUGAUGAACUCAACUGGGCUUUGUGGCAUUUUGGAGCUAGAGUACUUAUAUGCGGGGCAUCAGCUGGUGAUAUAUAUGUAUUUAAAAUUCCUUCGGGUGAGACAAAAGUCUUACAGGGGCACAAUAUAAAAACAGAGUGUGGAAAGGUAUUCCCUGAUGGAGUAAGGUUGGCAGCAGGAUAUGAGGAUGGGGUUGUGAAAUUUUGGGACCUUAAAACAAACCUGGUUCUGCAUCAAGUGGCAGCUGGGUUACAUGGAAGCAGAGUUAAUGCAAUAGAUGUUCAUCCUGACAAUAACCUUGUUGCAUCUAUAUCCACUAAUGGUACAGUGGUUCUUACAACUUCAAACAAUGGCAAAGUUGUGGGGAAACUUGAAGCAGAAAAUGAUUUGGAAACUGUUGCAUUUUGUCCAGAUCCUGAACUUGGAUUCUUUGCACUAGGCACUUUAAAUGGAUCAGUUACUAUAUGGGACAUUGCACGGCAGAUGAUGAGACAUCAAUGUAUAAAAUCUGAGGAUGCUUUUACAGGAGUUACAAAAAUGAUUUGGAUAAAAGACAAACUUCUCACGGGCUUGUUAGAUGGAUCUGUAAGAGUAUAUGACGGCAGAUCUGGUGAACAAUGUAGUCUAAUAACGGGGCACUGGUCUGAAGUACUGGAUAUGACUUAUAAUGCUAAAGAGAAUAAACUACUUACUGCCUCGGAUGACCACACCGCAAGGAUAUUUAUAUAUCCAACAAUAAGUGAAGAUGAUUAGCAGAAAAUGUCACUAAAUAAUAUUUAUUAAAUAUAGUUAUUUGUCAUAUUUAAGUUCUUGUUGAUGAUUAUAGCUUUCUAUAUUUUC